AUGGAAGAUCGUGUCGAGGUGGACGAGAUCUCGAGGAUUCAGAGAGAUAUCCAGAAUGAGAAGGAACAUGUCGUCGAGAUUGACACCUCCACCGGCGACAUCCCUCUAACGACGUCGAACCUGCAAAAGUCUGCCGGUGUCCUUUCAAAGACGCUUUCUAGAGUCCGGACGCCCGAUAUUGCGGAUCCCGGGCCACCACCAGAUGGAGGGUUCAGGGCCUGGGCGACGGCCUUUGCUGCGCAUUUGGUCAUAUUCAAUACCUGGGGCUUUAUCAACAGCUUUGGGGUAUUCCAAACCUACUACGUCCAGGUAAUGAGAAUAGGCGAUCCGAGCGCAGUGGCGUGGAUAGGGACCACCCAAGUCUUUGUCUUGUUUGGUAUGGGGACUUUCACAGGGAGAGCCCUCGAUGCAGGCUUCUUCAACAUCCAGUACAUUGGCGGAAGUGUCGUCUAUAUUGUGGGCUUGUUUUUGCUCAGUCUGUGCCGUGAAUACUGGCAGAUCUUCCUGGCCCAGACUCUCUGCGUUGGAUUUGGAUAUGGGCUGGCAUUUGUUCCAACCCUGGCGCUGUUGAGCACUUAUUUCGCCCACAAAAGGUCCACGGCUUUGGGUAUCGCCGUGACAGGUUCGGCGACUGGCGGUCUCGUGUUCCCUGCCAUCGCCGAAACGAUGUUGCCGAAGGCUGGUUUCCCUUGGACUAUUCGUACCAUGGCAUUUGUGCAGCUCUUGCUCGCAGUCGUGGCGUUUUUGUUUCUGAAACCACGUUUACCGCCACGCAAAUCCGGGCCAGUGGUAGAAUGGUCAGCGUUCAAGGAGGCACCAUAUACGCUCUACAUCAUCGGUUCGUUCCUUUAUUUUUGGUCCGUCUAUGUUGGGUUUUUCUUCAUUGGUAGUUUUGGCAGGGACGCCCUAGGGACUAGUCAAGCCACGAGCAUCAACUUGCUGAUGGUUAUGAACGGCGUGGGAGUGCCUUCACGCAUUCUCCCUGCAUAUAUCGCUCAGAGAUGGGUCGGUGCAUUGAAUUUGAUGAUCCCCCUUGUCAUUGUGGCUGGUAUGAUUCUCUAUUGUUGGAUGGCGGUGGAUUCGGUGACUGGGUUGUGGAUCUUCUCAGUGGCAUAUGGCGUUGUCGCCGCCGGGAUCCAGGCUUUGUUUCCUGUGGUGCUCACCAGCUUGACAAGUGAUCCGAAGAUGAUAGGUGUUCGUACGGGCAUGGGGUUUAGUAUCGCGGGCAUAGCAGUCUUGACAGGACCCCCUAUAGCAGGAGCGCUGAUACAAAGCGAGGGGGGACGGUUUACUGGGUUGCAAUUGUUCUCGGCAACAAGCAUGAUGGCGGCGGCAGUGGUACUGCUGUGUGUAAGAUGGGUGACUGUAGGAUGGAAGCGAGCAAAGUUAUAG